AUGUUCUUGGGAAUUCCUAUAAUCGGGGAUUUUCUCAAUAAAUCAAUUCAUAUUUGUCGCACCCAUUUAUACGAUAAUUAUGAUCGUCUUCAUUUUAUGUUGACAGCAUACAUCUUGGGAUUUUUUGUUCUUUUGACUGGAGCUAAACAACAUUUUGGAAAUCCGAUUGAUUGUAUGCUUUCGGCAGAAGUUGAUGGUGAUUUUGAUGAAAUUCAGAGAAAAGAUAAUCCGUGUAAAUUCAGAUAUUGGAUCAUGGAAGAAUUACAUCCAUAGUUAUUGCUUGCUCUAUGGAACAUACCGUUAUACAUUCAAUUCAACUGGAGCAUAUUUUCCAAAACACAAUAAAGAUUCAUCUGUUUUCUAUUAUCAAGUAAGAAUAGCACAUUUGAAAUCUUAAUUUAUAAUUUCAAUUUUCAGUGGGUUCCUUUCUUCUUCGCGUUCCAACUUUUAUGUUUUAUGCUGCCACAUUGGAUUUGGACCUGGAUGCAAAAAUUGUUGUGUAUGUGAUUCAAAAAAAGUUAUGCAAACUUAAAUGUCUUUUUCAGAUGUUGAUAUGGCAAUGAUUGUUGAACAUACAAAUGAUUUGAUUGUUGAGAAAGAUCAGGAAAAACACAAAAAUAAGCUCACAUCUCUUGUCGGAUAUGUUAAUGAGUAUUUCAAAUACCGAAAGUUACACAAAAUCGGAUAUCUUCCAUGUAUUUUCAUGCAUCCAGCUUUUGCCAGUUUCCUUUAUAUUAUGACGAAAUUUAUGUUCCUUGCAAAUGUCAUUAUUCAGCUCAAACUUGUCAGCGUUUUUCUUGAUUUCGAUUCAUGGACUUGGGGUUUUGAAGUAUGAUGAAAAUUGAAAGUUAAAUUUAAUAAUUCAUAUUUUCAGAUGAUAAUGAAGUAUUUAGCUCGUCCAGCUGUUCAAUCAAUCAAUUCCAUUCAAUUUAUCAAAGGAGGAGAUGGUCACAUUAGUGCGAGAAAAGUCAGCGAUUUUAAUUAUUUCAAGAACUUCCCAAUUCUUGUCGCAUGUGAUUAUCAUACAACUCCUUCAAUCAAUGCUCCACAAAUUUCGACUUCACAAUGCAUUAUUCCAUUAAAUAUUGUUAAUGAAAAAUUGUUUGUUGGAUUAUGGGUUUGGUUGAUUGUUGUAAGUUGAAAUCCAAUAUUUUUUCAAGAAUUUCCAAUUAUUUCAGCUUACUGGUUUGACUAUAAUUGGAACAAUUGGCUGGAUUUUCCGAUUGGUUGAUUCAAGAAACAAUGAGAGAUUGAUUUACAGUCUUUUGAAAUCACACGGAAACAGACAUAUCAGUGCGUUCGCUGGAUACAUAAACAAGAAACAUAUGCCUGAUCAUCGUUAUGAUUUUGUUCACAAGGUAAAUCUCAACAUUUUCCAAAAUUAGGUAAUAUAAAAUUUGUUUCAGUUCCUCGGUUUGGAUGGAAUCUUGUUGCUUCAUUUCAUGCGCGAAGAAUGUGGAGUUUUGAAAACCCAAGAAGUUAUCAAUGGUGUUUAUGAGAAGUUCAUCGAAGAUUAUGCUAAACCGGUAAGAAAGUUGUUUUCUUGUUCAAUAUUUUGAAAAUCUAAUUUAGGCCAAACCAACAAUCACGAAAAAGGGAGAACGCACUGAUUAUUCAGGUAUUUUUAUUUAUUUUCUAAAUUUAUUUUGAUAAUUUUUAUUUCAGAAGUCAAUUUUGGAAACGAUGAAGAAGACAUUUUUGAUCGUAAAAUGAGAGUUUAG